AUGGCUACAUUGGUCCCUGGUGUUCUAUUGAAGCUUCUACAACACAUGAAUACAGAUGUGAAGAUUGCUGGAGAGCACAGGUCGUCUUUGUUGCAAGUAGUCAGCAUUGUCCCUGCACUAGCAGGCGGUGAACUCUUUCCCAACCAAGGUUUUUACCUCAAGGUAUCAGAUUCUUCUCAUGCCACAUAUGUCUCUCUCCCUGAUGAACAUGAUGAUCUCAUUCUUAGUGAUAAAAUUCAGUUAGGCCAGUUCAUUCAUGUUGAAAGGCUUGAAUCAGCAUCACCUGUCCCCAUUCUUCGGGGGGUUAGGCCGGUCCCGGGGCGACACCCUUGUGUGGGUAGCCCUGAAGACAUAGUUGCAACUCACUCUCUAGGAUUCCUCAAUACCAAUGCUGAUUCAUCCAUUGGUUCAAAAUCCUUGGACAAAACCAAAUUGCCUUCAAAAGCACCGAACGAUAGUCAUAGUGGGGCAAAGGAUAAUAAAUUCACACCUGUGAGAUCAAAUGGUGGUGGUAAAGAUGGUCAAAUGGACAAGAAAACACCAGUAUUGACUAGAUCCAAAUCUCAAUUAUCAAAACUGGCUCUGAAUUCAGUAGAGAGAAAGGAAUCUUUUGUGAAAUCAAAGUCUUCGAGUUCAAGGUCGAUCCCUUCAUCCCCAACAAGUUGUUAUUCAUUGCCAACUUCUUUUGAGAAAUUUGCUAAUGGGAUUAAGCAGCAGGCAAAGAUUAAGGGGUUGGAUAGGUUGGAAAAGGCAACAUCCAAAGUGGGGUUGGGGGAAAAGGCCAGUUCUGUUCGUGGGACAAGUCCAACUACAAGGCGGUCACCAGUGGGAAGCUCAAUGAGGAAUUUGGUUCGUGAGAUUGAGCUGGGACCUAAGGCUCUGAGAAAAAGCUGGGAAGGGAAUAUGGAUGUGAAGAGUAGAGAUAGUCCAAAGCUGAGGAUACCCAAGCAUGAUUUGAAGCAUGAAGCUCGGAGUACUUCUGUUCCAAGAAAAUCAACAAGUGACAGGUUGCCAUCUAAAGAGGAGAAUAAGGUUAAUAUAUCUGCCAAGUCUUCUAAAGAGGAAAACAAGGUUCAGAUAUCUAACAAGAAAGUUAGUGCUAAUGGAUCAUCAGCUGAUACUGAGAAGUCUACUAAGCAAAUAACUACUGUCGGAAAGAAAUUAUCUGGGGAAGUUGCUAAUCAUGGAUUUGCAGGAAACAUGGUCAAGGUUUCUUUCAGCAAUAGGAAAUUAACAGAUGGAAGUGUCUUGUGGGCUUCACUCCCAUCUUCUCUUGCAAAGCUGGGAAAGGAAGUUUUAAAGCAUAGAGAUGCUGCGCAAACAGCUGCCAUAGAGGCAAUGCAAGAGGCUUCAGCCACAGAAAGCUUACUUAGAUGUUUAAGGGCUCUCUCACUUGCCUUUUUAUGCGGCCAUGUGCUGAAGAGGCAACAUGAAAUUUUUCCAUGUCCAUCAACAGUCAAUGAGCAAUUGCUUUUUGGGGACAAGCAGUUGGUGAUGUACUAG